AUGAGCUCUACAAGACCGCAAGACGACUAUCUACUUAGUCGUGACUAUGUUGAUUGUGAUAGGCUCAAUCUUCAACACAGUCUCUGGACAAAGAUCUUUGGCUACCUGCUCCAUCCGUGCAUCGACACCUCGUCCCCAACCCUGACGAUCGCAGAUAUCGGAACCGGCACCGCAUCCUGGCUAACAGAUCUCUCCGCACAACUCCCCGCGACAUGCCAACUCGACGGUUUCGACAUGGACACCUCGCAAGCGCCGCCAAAGGAGUGGCUGCCAGCCAACGUCCGCCUGCACGAAUGGGACGUUUUCACGGAUCUCCCAGAGCACCUGAUAGGUCGGUAUGACGUCGUUCAUGUAAGAUUGCUCGUCUUUGUUGUCAAGGGCGAUCCGACGGGGAUCUUGCAGAGUCUUGUCCGGAUGCUAAAGCCCGGCGGCUGGCUGCAAUGGUCUGAGCCCGACGUGCGCACGAUGCGCAUCCUCACGGCCAGAGCCAAGGCCCAGACCCAACCCGGUGCCCGCCCGGGUCCCGACACAAACACAGACGCAGACGCAAACGCAGACACGGAAAUGAACCCCGGCAUGGCACACCUUUUCUCACUAAGCGCCUCGCAAGACCCCCGACUCAUCCCACAGUGGCCAAGCCAGCUCGACGAGUAUUUCCGCGCAGAGGGGCUGACCGACGUCCUGGUUGACCGGGUGGCCGAGGCGCCCCCGCACCUGGAGUUUGCAAUGCAUCAGUGUAACCUCCUCAUGUACGAGAUGUUUGCGUCGCGGGCGGCGGGGCCACAGGCCAGGGAGAUUCUGGAUUGGGUGCCCAAAGCCGCGGAGGAGACGAGAUGGGGUGCGAUGUUUGCGUUUGAGAGGGUGAGCGUGGUGGGAUGCAAGGGCAAAUAA